GAACUCGUUCUCGCUCGCCCUUCUGUCUUUUAACCCCCGCGCCUUUGGCAGGGAACGUCACUUCCGUUCCCUUCCGGAUGCGACUGAGAAAGGAACCAAGUUUGAAAUUGUGCAUCCCGCGAGCCCGGCUGUGAGGAACCGGCAGAUAGAAGUUCCAUACUUGAACCCUGGUGCUUUCCUCUUAAUGUUGCAGUUUUAAAGGAUGCCUAUCCGUGCUCACUGUACUAUCUGCUCUGAUUUCUUUGACAAUGACAGGGAUGUUGCAGCUAUUCCCUGUGGACAUACAUUCCACUAUUUGUGCCUUGUUCAGUGGUUUGACACUGCACCCAGUCGGACUUGUCCACAAUGUAGAAUCCAGGUAGGCAAAAGAAACAUCAUAACCAAACUAUUCUUUGAUGUUGCUCUGGAGGAGCAGUCGCCACUGGAUCCUGAAAGUCUACAGAAUGAACUGGACAGAGUAAAAGCUCAGCUAACUGUGAAAGAAAAGGAAAAGCGAGACUGUCAAUCUAUUGUGAAUUCACUAAGGGAUGUCCUAGAUGUUCGCAAUAUUUCCAUUGAAACACUCCAGAAGAAUCUCUCUCAAAUGGAGAUGUUGUGUUCUACUCUCAAGAAACAAAUGAAGUAUCUGGAACAAGAGCUAGAGGAUACAAAGAGCGCAAAAGAGGAGGCCCGAAGGUUGCGAAAUAAACUGAAAACUGUGGAGAGAAUUGAGACAUUGCUACAUGGUCAGCGUCCCGAGGUGGAAGAGAUGAUUCGUGAGAUGGGUGUUGGGCAGGCAGCAGUGGAACAGCUUGCCAUUUAUUGCAUCUCUCUGAAAAAAGAAUAUGAGAAUCUAAAGGAGUCCUGGAAAUCAUCAAAUGAUACUAUAGAGAAGUUGAGAAAGGAACUGUUUUCUGCUAAUCACAAGUUGCAGAAAACUCUUCUAGAGUUGGAAAAAAAAGUGGAGGAAUUGAAAAACGCCCAUACAGAUCUGAGAAAUGCAGACAGAGAGAUCACGAGUUUGAAAAAAAAGUUUCGUGUCCUGCAAGAUACCACAAAAGUUCCAUCAUUAAGCAAUGAAACACUCAAUCGGCUUGUCAUUGAAAGCCCUGCUCCAGUUGAAUUGCUAAAACCAAAGCUCCAUCGGCCAGCACUCAAUGGUGAAAUCGACUUGAAUGCUACAUUUGAUGUGGAGACACCAAAACGUCAGCCUCAUAAGACAAACCCUGUUCCUGCAAAAAAAAUCAAACUAGAUAAAAAAUCGUCAUCUGUGACAAAUUUAUCAAAAGCCCUGAAAGACACCGUGGAGAACUGCUCAAGUGACACAGAAGAUGAGCACCUAGAAGAUCUUUUACCUGCUUUUAUCAGAAACUCAAUUCUGUCCAAGAGACCACCUGUGAACAUGCUUGUAUCACAAAAGAAUGCAGGGAUAGUGAGAAUCGGGUACGAUGGCUUAGGAAGUAGAACCAAGUCCAUCCAACCUAGUGUCCCAGUAGAAAUUCGACCUUUGGCUGUAAAGAGCAAGAAAAAGGCUAUUCCUAAGCAAAUGAUGACAGCAUCUUCUGUUUCUGGCAUCAGUCAAGCAAAAUUAGAUAACUUUCUUAAGUAACCAUGCAAUUCUGUAGACUGGACUGAAACAGUCAGAGAGCUGGCCUUUAUCCACAGACAACCUGGUGAUCUCAAAAUCCAGAGCAAGUGCCCAAGGCUGAGGUUGCUGACUGUGCAUCUCCUACUACCUUUUCUGCAACUUGAUUGCAGAGAUCUGGUUUUUCUGCCAACCCUGAGGAAAGAAAGACCGAACAUUCUGGGUUCCAGGAUACUUUUGCUGUUUUCUAUCUUAUGGAUCCAUAUUCUAAUCUAAUCUGUUAAAUUAUGGGGUUCCUUCAAACUUUGUCAAUAGCAUCAGCUGAAAAUUAUCGGGGGAUUUACAAAUGGUUUGGUAGUGUCUCUUUAGCAACAUUGAUCAGCAGCUGUGUUACAUCUAUCCCAUCAACACUGUCAGACUUUAUAUAAAGGGAAUUUUGUCUGUGACUGUCAAAUUCUGUUAGCAUCUGGGAUGAGUAAACAGUAUGUGUUCAGAAAACGAAUGCACAUAGUUGAUGUCAUAUUGGUGAACAAAGUUGUGCCUUUUACCUAAAAAUGUGAAGAGCUGAAAAAAUACAAUUCUUUCACCCAGCUUUUCAGAUCAUUAGUGCCAAAACUCUCCUAGAUUAUCUAGUUAUUGAUCUUGAUUUUCUGUGACAAGACUUAGUACUAGGAAUAAUUUAUUUUUCAAAAUGAUCAGAGAUUUGAGUCCAUAUAGUCAAAGCUGCUGUUUCUGGAAGCAGUUUGCUUAUUUUUGUUAAAUUGGAUUUUCUGUCUUUAAAUAUGAAUAGAUUCCAUGGUUUGUAUGUUACAGUGGUGUGGUUGUAAUCCAGAAACAAUUACCUAUUGCUAAACUUGCAGAUAGACAUGUAUAUUGUUUACUCAUCUAAUCUGUUUUGUCUGAAGUCUCUCAACUUGCUACAACCCUAGCAAGGCAUGAUGGUCUCAAAUAUCUGGCACUUCUUGAUUGCUCUUUCUCUUAAACUAUGUUUGAAUAGUCUAUGUAUGUUUGAAUACAUAGAGAUAUGCUUAGAUCAAAUUCUUUCCAACAUUUUGGUUUCUAUUUUGUUUGAUUCUGGCCCCAGAUGUUUUACCUCCUACCUAAAACGGUUAACUAUAAAAUUAGUGCUAUUUUCUAGA